GAAAAACCAAAGCCAUUGGCUUAUUAACAUCACUGAUAGCCCGCACAGGAGACGAACGCAAUGAAUAAGAAUCUCACAAACUUAUGGAACUUAUCGAAAGCACAAGCUCAAUCGGCACCAGAGUCUUCCAAUGUACCGGAGGCAGUACAGGAGAAUGAGAAUGUAGACACAGCAGCUUCGGCAACCACGGUAGACCAGGAAGUCAAAGUGAAAAAAAGAAGCAAGUCGUCGCUUAGCGGAUCCUCUAAGCGAGUUCGAACUGAGAGCAAAUCAUCUGGACCUCCUCCGCCACCUUCGAAGCGACUAUCGGAUUUGGGAGGAAUUGAGACAUGUAUUGAAGAAGUCAUGGAGCUGAUUGCCAUGCCUUUGGCGCAUCCCGAAGUCUAUAUUCAUACUGGUGUCCAACCACCUCGUGGUAUUUUACUUCAUGGACCUCCGGGAUGCGGUAAGACCAUGUUAGCUCAUGCAAUUGCUGGAGAAAUGGGUGUUCCAUUCUAUAAUAUAUCUGCUCCCUCAAUCGUCUCCGGAAUGUCCGGUGAAUCCGAAAAGAAAAUAAGAGAUGUAUUUGAAGAGGCAAAGGAUAAUGCUCCAUGCCUUUUGUUCAUUGAUGAAAUUGACGCUAUUACACCAAAGCGAGAAACCGCCCAGCGAGAAAUGGAAAGAAGAAUUGUGGCUCAAUUGUUAACUUGCAUGGAUGAUUUAUCAUGGGACAAGACAGGUAAUAAACCUGUCAUGAUCAUCGGAGCAACUAACCGGCCCGAUUCGCUGGAUCCUGCAUUGCGAAGGGCUGGAAGAUUCGACAAGGAAAUCAGUUUAGGUGUUCCUGAUGAGAGAGCCAGAGAAAAGAUUCUAUCAGUGCUAUCUGAGAAAUUACGUCUCGAAGGCGAAUUUGAUUUUGCAGCUUUAGCAAAAGCGACCCCGGGUUACGUUGGUGCUGACUUGCAAGCUCUGAUUACUGCUGCUGGUAUCAUUGCUGUGAAGCGUAUAUUCAAACAUCUUCAAACUAUUCCUGUUGUGGUACCUAAGCUUAUCUCAGAAACUGAAAGCACAGAACCAGCAACCGAAAAUAUGGAUGUGGACUCAACCAUUGAUCAAGCUGAAGUCGUGGAAGAAACGAGCAAAAUUCCAGUGCAAACCACUUCAGUGGAAGAGUUCGAGUCACAAACUCCCUUAGAACAGCUUAGAAACAUAUCAGAGUUCAUCAAGUCACACAAAACGCCAUUGACACCAGAGCAAUUGGAAUCGCUGGCCAUAACCAACGACGACUUCAACCUCGCUUUGCUUAAAGUACAGCCUUCUUCUAAGCGUGAAGGUUUUGCCACCGUUCCCGAUGUCAACUGGGAUGAUAUUGGAGCUCUCGGGUUUGUUCGUGAUGAACUUCGUAUGGCAGUUGUUGAACCCAUCAACCACCCGGAAUUCUUUGAGCGAGUAGGAAUUACAGCACCAGCUGGCGUUCUUUUAUGGGGACCUCCUGGAUGUGGUAAGACUUUGCUGGCCAAAGCUGUUGCCAACGAGAGCAACACAAACUUUAUUUCAGUAAAAGGGCCAGAGUUACUUAACAAGUACGUUGGAGAAAGUGAGAGAGGCGUUCGACAAGUCUUUGCGCGUGCUCGUGCCUCGGCUCCUUGUGUUAUCUUCUUUGAUGAAUUGGAUGCCUUGUGCUCUAGACGUGACGAUCAGCAAUCGGAUGCUUCUGCACGAGUUGUAAAUACCCUACUUACGGAGCUGGAUGGUGCUGAAAACCGUAGUCAAGUCUACGUAAUUGCUGCCACUAAUCGUCCAGAUAUGAUCGAUCCCGCCAUGUUGCGUCCAGGGCGUCUUGACAAGCUACUUUACGUUGAAUUACCAACCGCUGGUGAACGCCACGAUAUCCUCAAGAAGCUCACCAAGAAAUCGCCAUUGAUAGAAGGGCUUUCACUGGCUGCACUUGCCAAUGAUCACAGAUGUGAAGGCUUCAGCGGUGCCGAUUUGGCAUCUCUGGUCAGAGAAGCAGCUGUUGCCGCAUUGCGCAAGACCUUCUAUCUCCACAGCACCACUCUUUCAGAGGAACAUAAAAACUCUCAAAUAGAGAUCUUCAUCACUUUGGAAGACUUCAAUACCGCAUUCGAAAAAGUGUCGCCAAGUGUAUCUAAACAAGAUAAACGGCACUAUGACGCUCUGCGUGUCAAGCUUGGUUGUCCCAUGCCCACAGCAGCACAACAAGCCAAGUCAGCGGUCGCUUCUGACUAGAAAGAGGUGCAUACAUUUUUUCCUCAAACACCAUAUUGCACUCAUUUUACAUUUGUUGUAUAGAGAUAUUUUUUUUCCAAGUUGCUCAUC